GUGAAUAGUACCGAUUUUCCUGGAAGUUAUCCAGGAAUUGAUGAUUCAUGGAGCUUACAGAAGUUUACCAAGAAAUUCCGUAUAGAUGUCAUUGACCUAACAGAAGACAAGAUGGAGUUUGAUAUGGUAGGAGUGGAUGCAGCAAUCGCAAAUGCAUUCCGCCGAAUAUUACUAGCAGAGGUACCAACAAUGGCUAUAGAAAAGGUUUUCAUAUAUAAUAAUACAUCUCUCAUACAAGAUGAGGUGAUGGCGCAUCGACUUGGUCUCAUACCAAUCAAAGCAGAUCCAAGACUAUUUGAAUAUCAACAAGAAGGUGAUGAUCAAGGCACCCCCGAAGAUACAAUUGAAUUCCAUCUGAAGAUUAAAAGCACACGGAACCCAAAUGCACCUAAAGAUGCCACAGACCCAGAAGAGCUCUACAGAAAUUGUAAAGUGCUGUCAAAGCAUUUGAAAUGGAUUCCAAGAGGAAACCAAGCGGAAUUGUAUGGCCCAAAUGCAUUUAAACCAGUUGAUGAUGCUAUCUUGAUAGCAAAGCUAAGACCAGGCCAAGAGAUAGAUAUCAAGAUGCACUGUGUGAAAGGCAUUGGUAAAGACCACGCAAAGUUCUCACCAGUUGCAACUGCAUCUUACAGACUGUUACCGGAUAUCUCUCUCAAUUGUGAUGUCACUGGGGAGUUAGCAGAACGAUUGGUGCAAUGUUUCUCCAGAGGAGUAAUGGAGUUGAAGGAAAUAGAUGGUGUGAAGCAUGCAGUUGUUGUGAAUCCACGUAGCGACACUUGCAGCAGAGAAGUGUUCAGACAUGAGGAUCUAAAGGACCUUGUUAAGCUGACAAGAAUACGUGAUCAUUAUAUAUUUUCAGUUGAAACAACCGGAGCCUUACCUCCCAAUGUAUUGGUAUCAGAAGCAGUGAAAGUUUUGAUGUCUAAAUGCAAGCAAUUCUUGUCUGAACUUGAUAACGUUGAUUCAUAAAGCUAAUUAAUGACAAUUUAAGGUGAAUUCAAUUGCAUUACAUGAAUGAAGAUUAUGCAUAACACCAGGCAAUAUAGUAAAUAAUUAUUAUUGUCUUUGUUUAAUGAUGCCAUAAACUCAUCAAACCAGACACACUAUCACUGGCAGAAUACUA